GGGAUUGGGACAGGUAUAGGGCGUGAGCCCUGCAGUAAGGAAGUGAGCAGAGCGUGUGGUACAAGAGGCAGUAUACCGAAGAGGGGAACUGGGUGUGUUGAGUCCAUUGUAGAGAGUAUGAUGUCUGUGAUAUAACUUAAUUUCUACAGGGAGGGUGGUCUAGAAGGGUAGGAGGUGAAGUGGAAGGAAGUGAAGCCUAGGGACGGGGUGAACUCCACAACGCAGAUAACAAGAUAUCAAGGCCUUCAGUGUUGAUAGUUUACUGGGGUAAAUUUGUUUAUCAUGGUAAAUGUUUUCGGGAAGGACAAGCUGUGCCAACCAAGUUCGAUGGAUCGGUAUUGGAAAGUGUAAUACACGUUCUGCUACAUGUGAAUUCAGUAAGGUCUGAUCAACUGAGGUGUAUUGCGUGAGAAAGGUAUACCCAAAUCCUGGAGCCAUGGCAUGCACCUGUGGGAAUUGGAGACAGUGGAUCCGCCCCUUGGUUGUAGUCUUGUACAUAGUAGGUGUGGCUGUUGCUAUUCCUCUCUGUGUCUGGGAGCUGCAAAAAUCUGAGGUUGGAACUCACAAUAAAGCAUGGUUCACUGCAGGUAUUUUUGUGUUUAUGACUAUUCCGAUAUCGCUUUGGGGCAUCUUGCAACAUUUAGUGCAUUAUACUCAACCAGACUUACAGAAACCAAUAAUAAGGAUCCUGUGGAUGGUGCCGAUAUAUAGUUUAGACAGUUGGAUAGCUCUGAAAUACCCUCACAUCGCUAUAUAUGUUGAUACAUGUCGGGAAUGCUAUGAAGCAUAUGUCAUCUAUAAUUUUAUGAUCUUCCUGCUGAACUAUUUGACCUAUCAGUACCCAAACUUAGUGAUGCUACUGGAAGUUAAAGAUCAACAAAAACAUCUGCCCCCUCUCUGCUGCUGUCCGUCUUGGCAUAUGGGAGAGGUAUUGCUGUUCAGGUGCAAGCUUGGAGUUCUGCAAUACACGGUUGUCAGACCUUUUACAACAAUAAUUGCUUUAAUCUGCGAACUCAUUGGAGUUUAUGAUGAAGGGAACUUUAGUUUCAAGAAUGCUUGGACAUACUUGGUUAUAAUUAACAAUCUUUCACAGCUAUUUGCCAUGUAUUGCCUUGUGCUAUUUUAUAAAGUGCUGCGAAAUGAAUUGAAUCCCAUCCAGCCAGUGGGCAAAUUUCUCUGUGUGAAGCUGGUUGUUUUUGUAUCUUUCUGGCAAGCUGCCUUUAUUGCAUUACUUGUGAAAGUUGGGGUCAUAUCUGAGAAACACACUUGGGACUGGGAGAGUGUAGAAGCUGUGGCUACUGGUCUACAGGAUUUUGUCAUUUGUAUAGAAAUGUUCUUUGCCGCGAUUGGUCAUCAUUAUAGCUUUUCCUAUAAGCCCUAUGUGCAGGAAGCUGAGGAAGGCUCCUGCUUGGAUUCAUUUCUUGCAAUGUGGGAUAUCUCUGACAUCAGAGCAGACAUAUCGGAACAAGUGCGGAAUGUUGGAAGGACUGUGCUGGGUCGACCAAGGAAAACAAAUGUUACUGAGGAGGAGGAGCACAAUGAACAUACCAGCCUUCUCUCUUCAGCGAGUCAGGAUCUAAAUUCUGAUUCUCCAUCUCUCCCACCUUCUCCAAAGGGGUACUAUCAAGGAUUUGGACAGACACAUGCAGCUCUUGCACCCCAUACUACUGAUGAUUUACCAAAUGAGAAAGAAAAUGAAGAUGUCUUAAAUUCUGUGCACAGCAAAACACCAUAAAACCCCGAUCAAAGUGCUUAAAUUGUUGGUUAAAUUUCGACUUCAAACUUGCUUUAAAUCCAUAUCUCUUGAUGGUACCAUGGAUAACAAGACCGAGCAUUAUAGAUGAACUCGAUGAAAAUGUUAAAAUAGAAAUCUAAUGCUGUAUAUUAAAACAAGCAAACUAUAUGAUAUCAUAGAACUUCGUGACAUAAAAGUUGUAUGAAAAUCACUAACUACUGUAUAGAUGUCUAUAAUAGUUUUUAAUGGAAGAAAUUACACAAUAUUCAGAGCAUCAUAAAAUCCAUCAAAUAUCUCCCAGAUUAUUGGAUAUGGAACUUGUGUCUGAAUUUAAAAAGUACUUGAUGGGCAUUUGUACUCCCCUACGAGGUUGCAACCUGGGAACUGAGAAGUCGUGUUCAGUCAGAGCACCUUAACUUGUAUGGACAGGAAAGGCACAGGAGGCUUCCACUUCAGACUUUAAAUUUAAAUAUUAAGGCAUCUUUGAAUGUAAUGGUUAUUUAUUCAGAUUCAUUGUUUUCACUUCAUUUUAUAUUUUCACUGAGAUUAGUCAUUUAAAGGAGCAAUGGGAGACUACUUUUGCUCAAUUUGUCCCAAUCAUUUAUUUAAGUUCUGGUUGAGGGAUCUUGUGUACAAACUGAUAGUAAUUUUUCUUUAUCUACAUAACUGACUAAACUCCCACAAACCAUUCAUUAGGCUGUAAGUCAUUUUGGAAUAUCCUAAAUGUGUCAACAGCACUUCAUUUCUGCACACUGGAGGAAGAGUUAGUCCAAAGUGCAAUAGCUCCAGUGUGUUACAUUACAGACCCAGGAGUUUAAUUCUAAAAUAAUAACAAUAUAUAUUUCCACCAAUUUUGUGAGGCCAGAAUGAGCAGGGCAUUCCUGAUGUAGUAAAUAAUUCCUGGGUAUUACAUGUGCAGCAGAAGGUUUGAUAAAUACAGUAAAUUUUAUCUCCUGUAUUUUAAUUUUCUGAAAAAAAUACAGUUCCAAUAUCUCUACAGCUGAAAACUUGAUCUGAAAACUUUUUGGGGCCUAUUUCUGAGACAAUGUUGCAUGAAAAUGAAAGAAAAUUAUGGUUACUACUUCUGAACUAUUGCCUAUUCAAAUUUAAUACUGCAAGUACAUUCUAACCACAUUACCAACCUGUGUAUAAAUCAGGCAUCAUAAUUGUUACAAGACUUGGAUGCAUUCAAAAUGUACUUCUUUGGAUUUCUUCUUCAAUGCUGUAACUUGCAAAAGAUUGAGUGUGAAUCAGAGAAGUAUAUAACUAGUAUAAUAGUAUAACUAGUAAAUUGUUAAAAUAGAAUUGUCAUUUAGUAAACUGUUAGGUUUAUAAUGGUAAAUUAAUAUUGCCUUGUAUAAAUCACUGAGACUGCUAAUCUGUCAAAUGUUGGGCAUUUUGCUCAGAAAUGAGUGAGCUAUCUUGCAAAUUUUGGUUAUUAAACUAUAUUUUAACAUUUCAGUUUGGAUGUUAGAAUCAAUUAAAUAUACAGACUAUGUAAAAUUGUUUUCUACCUUAAUCACUAUAUUCAUUGUUUUUAAUUACUUGGGGCUAUAUUUUAAGUGAUCAGAUUGGAACAAUAUAGAAUCCUUAAAACAACUUGAUCAGUAAUCAAAGAUUUGAUGCAUGGCUUAAUUUGAUAAUUGCACAUGCUGCUAAAUGAAGGAUGUUCCUUUAAAAUUAGCAAUCAGAAUAUUUUCUGUUAAAGCUACACUAAUGCCAGCAGAUGUAAUAAUGCUUAUUUACAUGAAAUCAAAAGUGAAAGCUUUUGAUAUUGUAGCUAAAUAAAUAAGGAAAAUAAACCUUCGAUUUCUUUUAA